UUAUAUUUUGAAGUCUCUGAAUCAGCUGUUUGUGUUUUUGUUUAUUCAUAUCGCUUAAGAGUUUUUUGCAUUGAAAAAAAAGUUAAAUAAAAUUCCCAUGGAGUUUCUCGAUAAACUAGGUGCCGAAUAUUCAAAUUACUUUCAUCAAGCGGAUAUAUCAAAGGAGAUCAAUCCAGUAUGUACGAGCAUUGACGAAAUGUUAAAUCGACUGGAAGAAUUCGAAAGUCUAGUAUCGAUUAUCAAAAACGACCUAGCAAUUAGUGCCGAUCAAACUAUUCCUGACUUAAUGAACAGUCAAGACGAUUUUAACAAACUCUGCAAACGGAUUGAUGAUCUAGAAGCAUUCAUCGGUGUUGUAAAUCAGAAUUUGGAUUCAAUUGAAAAGGAUGUUGUGGAGGCUGAAGAGGAACUUGGUAUCAAUGAUGUCGGUAUAAAGGGCUUUCUAAAACCGAUUUUCGGUAAAGCUAAAAAGGAUCGACGAAGCGUCGGUGAUGAUGCAGGUAGCACACCUCAAACGUACGUUCCUCCAGUGAUCUUCGACACAAAAGCGUUUUUUGGUAGUAAUAACACAGAAUAGCAGAGGUGUAGUUGUGUCGCCUUAGUUAUUUGUUUGAAAUACAUUUUAUAUUUGCUUGCUAACGAUGAAACUUUCUUUUAAAAUUCUCGAAUGUUUACAGUUGUUCACAUAAACAGGAUGCAGCACUGCUACAGUAGCAGUAAGAGAAAUUGUACAAUUUCGGCCGUUCUGCGUAUUGUUUCCUUUCUUAUUCUACUCCACAUAUAAAUAAUAACCGACCAUGAUCUGAAUUUUGAUAAAA